AUGUCCUCUAAAUCAGAAUAUCGGUUUAAAAUCAUCACAGUUGGAACUUAUUCAAAAAUGCCACAAUAUCAAUAUUGUAAAAAGUUUAACGAUACUCCAUUUAAACCUCAGUUUAAAAUAAUCACAGAAAAAGAAAUAUACCGACGCCGACAUCGCAGAAAGCAUAAUUGGCAAUCUGGAUGUCAUCAGUUUAAAAUCACAGGAGACAUCAGUUUAAAAUCAUCACAGAAAAAGAAAAAGAAAUAUGCCGUCGUUACCAACAGUAGAGACAGUGCCCGAUCCAGAGCGAAUCCCUCUCUCUGGUGGAUGAUAGAGGGGAUAAUGUGUAAU